AUGAUAACUCCAAUUCAAAUAUCAAAGACGAAAAACACAUUGCAAAUAAGACGCUUGUGUCGUGAAGUACAACAGUUGAAAAAAUUAUCUUCAAGUAUCUUUCUUUUGGACUACGAUCCUUUCUCUGAUGACGAUGAAUCUUUGACUGACUCAAAAGUGGUACAAUCAUUGUCAAUCCAAGGUCGUAUUCUUCCAACAUCAGAACCGUUUUGUCAACGUUCAUUUCGUAUCAGCAUUACGUUGCCAGAAAUGUAUCCAUUCGCACCUCCCGUUUUGAGGUUUCUGACUCCGAUCUACCAUCCAAAUGUCAUGAACAACGGCACAGUUUGUAUUAAAUUAACAGACUGCUACAGGGAUUAUACCCCACAUGUGACUUUUUCUGAAAUUAUUAUAGCCACAGAGAAGCUGAUUAGCACUCCUGAUCUUGAAUUCGCUAUUCAUCCCGACGCUGCCAUGGAAUACAAUGGAAACCGUGAACAAUAUAAUCGGCACGCACUACAAUAUGUCCUUCGGUGGGGCUUACCGCGUGUAUAG